AUGGCUAGCAGCGAGAGCAGCCACGCCGCGGACAGCGCCCUGGGCUCCGACGCGGACGAGGAGGUGACCCGGGGGCUGGACACUGAGGAGGAGUCGGGGGGCGAGGAGGACGAGACGGCCGCGGAGUCGGAGUCGGAACCGGAGCCGGACGCCAGGUUAUCAGACCAGAAUGAAGAGGGCAAGACCAAGCAGAAGUGUAUCAUAUCUGACCCCUCCUUUUCCAUGGUAACAGUUCAACGGGAAGAUAGUGGAAUAACCUGGGAGACCAAUUCAAGUAGGUCUUCCACUCCUUGGGCCUUGGAAGAAAGUCAGACCUCUGGUGUGUGUAGUCUGGAAGGGUCGACUCUGAAGUCUCCUCCAGGGAAUGUUUCCUUUAUUGUGGAUGAAGUUAAAAAAGUUCGGAAAAGAAAGCCUAAGUCAAAGCAUGGCUCACCAUCAUUGCGUCGGAAAGGCAACAAAAAAAGAAAUUCUUUUGAAUCCCAAGAUGUUCCAGCAAACAAAACAAAUAAUCCUUUAAUUUCAGAAAGCCAGGAACUAAAGACCCAGAAAAAGAAUUCAUCUACUGGCAUUUACGAUAAGAUGAGAAACAAGAAGACCACCUCAAAUACACCUCCUAUCACUGGAGCGAUAUACAAAGAACACAAACCGUUAGUGUUAAGGCCAGUUUACAUAGGAACAGUACAAUAUAAAAUUAAGAUGUUUAAUUCUGUUAAAGAAGAAUUAAUUCCUUUACAAUUUUAUGGAACAUUGCCAAAGGGUUAUGUAAUUAAAGAAAUACAUUAUAGGAAGGGGAAAGAUGCGUCCAUUAGUCUAGAGCCAGAUUUGGGCAAUCAUGAUUCUAAUGUAGUUUCCAAAACAGGCAAAUCAGUAGCCCAAAGCAUAGACGAUGAUGAAGUAAAAGAGCUUGCUGCACCCUGGAGAGGUGCAGUUUCCAAAGGAUCAAAGUCCCUGACCUCAUUCAGUCAUGAAGAUCUAAAGAAAAUUUACGCUGAUUCUCCCUUAAGGGCUGCAUCUACUACCAAGCACACACCUUCCUCUUAUACAAGUAAUGACACAGCAGAACAAGAAACACAGCUCAGCGCUCCACAGUCAGUGCCACAGCUGCCAGCUGAUGAAGCAAAACCCCGUGAGAUAGAGCCUUCCUCUCUUACACCCAAUACAUCUGCACCUGCGUUCCUGGAAACAGCAAAGGAAGAAUCUGAGGCUGAUUCACAAGAAAUGGUAACUGCAGAGCAUGACUCUUCAGUCUCACUGCCGUUAGUGGACGAGGUAAAGAGGGAAGACGUAUCUUCUGCUGACCAUUCCAUUUCACUGGAGUCAGAGAAGGGUUCUCUGGAAACACUUUCACCAGGUCUGACAGCCUCUAUCCAGGAAGAUUUUGGCCCAGAGAGAGAAGAACUGGAUCUGACUUCACCAGAAAGGGCAAAACCAGUCUCUGAACGACAGAACCCUCCUCAUCUCGCUGUCAAAGGAGAGAAGGAUGAAAACAUGCCCGAGACAUCCAUUUCUCUUUCUGAACCUCUAGUGUUAGAGGAACCAGAGAAAGAAGAAAUAGAAACGCCUCUACCAAUAUCUGCUACCCCUGAACCUGAAGAUUCUAAUUUAGUGGAAGAAGAGAUCAUAGAACUUGAUUACCCAGAAAGUCCAUCAGUUUCUGAGGAGCCCUUCCCACCACGCUUGGCCCCUGAAGUGGAGCAGAAAGAAGACGAGACCAUUCUGCCAUUACUGACGACAUCAACACCUGAACAUGUCACCUUAUCUGAGGAAGAAAGAGAGGAAAAUGAGUCUGUUUCUACUGAUUCUGCUUUCAUAUCGGAGUAUUCAGUCACACAGGAUUUGAACUAUGAACGAGAGAAGCAAGAAGUUGAGCCAGUUUCUUCACCUAAUGUAAAACCUGUAUCUGAACAUGCAGUUUUGUCAGAAGAGGAGAAUGAUGAAUGUGAGCCUUAUUCCCCAGCUUCAACCUCUACAUCUGUCUCACCAUCCACAACUGAGAAGACUCCUGAAUGCCAGUCCCCACUGUUUUCAACAGCUACAGCAGAGCACGUGGUCCUGUCCAGAGAAGAGGCUUCAGAAAAUGGGCAUUACACACCACAUUCCACAUCUGCUUCUGAAUAUUCAAUUCCCUCACAGGCAACAAAAGAGUCACCAAAGAAAACAACUGACCAUAAGUUCCCAUUAACAUCAAAAGGUGUGUCUGAGCCCCUGAUUCCGUCAGAAGAAGAGAAGGAAGACACUAGGCUGUAUUCCCCAGAGGUGGCCUCUGUAUCUGAACAUUCUCUCUCGCCAUACACAGCUGAGGGGACUUCUGAAUGCCAGUCACCACUGCUUUCAACUGCUACAUCUGAACACAUGGUCCUAUCAGAAGAAGAGAACCUAGGAAAUGAGCAUUUCACACCAGAUUUAACACUGACCUCCCAAUAUGCAGUCCCGCCAAAUGUAACACAGGAAUCCCCAAAGAAAAUAAUUGGUGAUGUCUCCCUGUUGAAAUCAAAAGGUAUUUCUGAGCACAAGACUCUGUUAGAAGAAGAGAAGGAGGACACCAGAUUCUAUCCCCCAGAGGUGGCCUCUGUAUCUGAAUGCUCUCUGCCACCAUACACAACUGAGGGGACUCCUGAAUGCCAGGCCCCACCACUUUCAGCCACCCCAUCUGAACAUGUGGUCCUCUCAGAAGAAGAGACAGUAGAGAUGGAGUGGUACACACCCUCUUCCACCUCUGCGUCUGAAUUUUCAGUACCGCCAUAUGCAACACUGGAGUCACAGGAGGAAGCAAUUGUCCACAGAUCCCCUUUAAAUCUAAAAGAUGCCUCCUCACCCAUGAAUUUCUCAGAAGAAGAGCAAGAAGACAUUGGACCUUUUUCUCCAGACUCUGCAUUUGUGUCAGAAUUCUCAUUUCCAUCCUAUGGAACUCAGGAGACAGAGAAAAGAGAAUUUGAGUGUGAUUCUCCAAUAUGUUUAACAUCACCAUCUGAACACACGAUUUUGUCAGAUGAAGACACCGAAGAAGCUGAACUUUUUUCUCCAGAUUCAGCAUCACAAGCUUCCAUCCCACCAUAUAGGAUCCCAGAAACAAAUAAGGAGGAAACUGAGCCUGAUUCACUGUUAACUGCAAUGGCUGUGUCAGGAUAUUCCUGCUUCUCAGAAGCAGAUGAGGAAGAAAUUGCACCAACUGCUACACCUGUACCUGAGCAUCUAAGUUCAUCACAGAAGCAAAGAACUGAAACUUCUCCUUUGGUGUCUGCACCUGAAGACUUGAGUUGGCUCCCUUCAACAAAUGAGGGAGAGAUUAAACCAGAUGCUCAGACAACAUCAACAACUGUAUCUGAAUACCUCAUUAUGGCACAGAAGCAGAGAACUGGAGCAUAUUUAGAACCUGAGUCUGAAGACUUGAUUCCGCCAUGUUUAACCAGUGAUUCAGAGAAGGGAGAAAUUAAGACUAGUUCAUCACUAGCUGCAACACCUGCACAAUUGUCCAUGGUAAAGGAAGAAACCAAACCUGUUUUGCCUGUAUCUCAGUGUUCAGUUUCACCUGAUUCAGUCCAUGCAAUUAAGAAAGAACAAGAACCCAAAACAUCACUCACUCCAAAAUCUGCAGAUGAACAGAUGGCUUUGUUAAAAGUUAAAAGUAAGGAAGAAAUUGUGCCUGAUUCUCAAGAAGCUAUAGCACAUGUAUUACAGGAUCAAGAAAUGGAACCUCAGCCUCCAAAUGUUCCAGAGUCUGGGAUGAAAGAUUCAGUUCUACCUGACUUGGUAGAUGAGCCAAAGAAGGAUGUCAAACCCAAUUUAACUGUGACAUCUGAACUAGAACAGAGAAGGUUGUCAGAGAAUGAGCCUGAAGUAAUAAAGCCAUAUUCACCUCUAAAGGAAACAUCUUUAUCUGGACCUGAGAUUUGUGUUGCAGAAGUGCAACAUGAUUCUAAAAUAACUGGUACACCUAGAGUGCUGCAUUCAGCGUCACCAGGAGUGGAAAAGGAAGUUGAGCAUGCACCACCCAUAUCAGAAUUUUCAGCUUUGUCAGAAGACAUAAAGAAAGAAAUUGAACCCAGUUCUUCAAUAACCAUGACAUCUGUAACAAAGCAUGAUUCAAGCUUAACCAAAUUAGCAAAAGAAGAAAUCCCAACAGAUUUAUCUCUUCCCACCCCUACAGAAUAUCCAGUCUUAACAAAAGUAGGAAAGAGUGAAUUAGGAAUUGGUUUGCCGCUUCAGAUGGUAACAUCUGUAGAUAAGCAUUCACUUCUCAAAGAAGAAGACAAUGUAGCAAUUAAAGCUAGUUCUUCUCCCGCUGAAACUGCUGCAUCCCAACAUCCGGCUUGGUCAGAAAUAGGGAAAGAAAUUAAAUUUGAUUUACCUGCAAGCAUAUCCUCUAUACCAGAGCAUUCUGUUUUGUCAAAGGUAGAAACUGAAGACAUUAAACCUGGGUUGGCAGUAACCAAAACAUUGUCUUCUCAGCAUUCAGAUAUAUCAAAGGAAGCAAGGGUGGAAAACAAACAAGAUCUUCCAUUUUCUACAGUCUUCGACUCUGAAUAUUUGGAUGUGUCACAGAAAAAAAAUUCUAUUUCUGCCUCAGAGAUGUCAGGGCCUGACCAUGUGCUUUCGCUCAACCUAGGUGGUGAGAUAAAGAAAACAGAAACUGAACUUCCUUCCUCACAGAACGUGUCACCUGCACUCAAAUAUAUAGUUACAAAAGGCAAAAAUGAGCAAACAGCAAGUUCUUUUCCUGAGUUAGAAUAUUUAGCAUCAGAAGAUUUAGCUUCAACAUUACCAACCCUCUGUGGUGAUAAGAGCAAACAGGCAAUGGAGACACCUUCUGUAGUUCAGGGAGAUUUCCUGUCAGAAAAUCAAGAUCUUGCUCUGGCACAGCUGUCUUUGGAACCUGAGAAGGAAGACAAGCCACAUCAAGUAUCAGAAUUACCAAAUUCUGGCUCUGAAUUCACUGGUGGUUUAGGUAGGCAAAGUGAAUCCAUAGAUACAAAACAAAUAAAAUCUCCCAUAACUGAAACAGGGGAUUCUGCCUUAGAAAAGGGCCUAGCUGAACUUAGAAGCAGAGGAGAAGGAAAAGAAGAAAACAGGGGACUUCAUGUGUCAACUACAGUGCCUGAAAUUUCAGAGGUUUCAUCAUGCCUUAGGGAGGAACCUCAGAUUCAAGAAAUUAAAGCUUUCUCUCCUAAGGUAGUUAGCUUAGGAUCAAGGGAAGCAUUUACCUCUCUAGUUGAAGGAGACAACCCAGAAGAACUUCAGCCACACACUUUUUCUUUAAAAGGAUUAUCAGGAGAGUUGAACCAUUCAGUUGACUUUAAAAAAGAAGGAAAACAAGAAAUAAGCCUGUUACUGCCAACAGGAAAUUUGAAGGCACAAGUGACAGAUAAUACUGUAACUAAAUUAAAUGAAGAAACUGACCAACCAAAUUCAUUUCAUGUACCCCAGAGUAUAACAGAGCCAUCAAAGAUUGCUUCUUCUGACCUCCCUGUGGAAGAAGAGAAGCCUGAAAAAGAACUUCAUUCAGACCAAGCUGUUAAAUUACCUGACGUAAACAGAUCUUUUGCAGAUAAACAAGAUAUGGGUAUUAAACAAUUUUUGUCUAUGAAAGAAAAUUUGUCUUUGGAAGAAUCAAAAUCAUUUAUGAUAACUGAGCCUACAGAUGUCAAAGAAACACACAUGAAAGAGGCCCUUAUUUCUCCAAAGGAUGAAAAUUGGAUGCUGAAAAAGCCAGAGAGAGACUUGGCAAGUCACCAUGAAGAAAGAGUCCCUGGAUCUGUGCCGUUGGGUUCCUCUGGUACCAGUGAUCUGAUGACAGGGCAGCUCAAGCCUGCUCUGUCAGAGAAAGACCACGCAACUGAAAUCAGAAGGCAAAUUCUGCCACAUUCUGCAGAAGAAUCUCACUUAUCAUUACAAGAACCAGUGUCUACUCUCGAUACCUCUAGUGGUAACAUAGAGACCUUAGCAACUAAAACUUAUUCUUCUGAAGAAAUAAAGCUGGCCCCCAAACCAAAAUCUUUAGUUCCAGCUGGAAAUGUGGAGAGAAAUGAAGCAGAAGGGAAGCAGACCUUUUCUUUAGUGGGAAGUGAAAGUUUGGUAUCGGAGAAAGCAAACACAGAAUUUUCCAGGCCUUGCAAAGAAGACAGUUGGGAAGAAAUCAAAACACCAUCUGAAAGAAUCUUCCAGAAACCAGUGUCUGGCCCAUCAACAGAAGAGGUCAAAUCAGAAACUCUUCCCUCUCUUGCCAAAGCAGCCCAUUUCCUGGCAGAAGAGGCAGAACUUGCACUGGGCAAUGAAAAAGAAGCACACAGGCGUAUAUCUCCCUUACCUGGAGAAGAAUCAAAAGUGGUUCAGUCAGAGGUUGUAGAUGAUGCUGAGAGAGGGAAACCAGCAUCUGAAGUGAAAACGCCCACACAAAUAAAACCCCUCUCCUCAACCCAAGAAAAUGAAGAACCUCAACCCCCAGGGUCACCUGAGGUCAUACAAAAGCCGCCCAAGCAGCAGAAGGCAGUGGAGCCAGGCCUCUCUGAGGAAAAGGGAAAGAAAGGAAUUUCAUCUUUCACAUCGUGGUUGUCCAGUUUAUUUUUACAGUCAAGCACUCCAGAUAACACAGUUGCUGAAAAAGAAGAUUUAGAAGCUCAGCCAAGCCCAUCUGUAGAAAAAGCAGUGACUGUGAUAGAGCCUAGAGGUCCUGCUCCAGCUGACGUUCAUGCAAAUGAGAAGCCAGCGGAUCAUCUGUUGCUAGAGGCCAAACCUGAAACUGCUGCAGAAUCCACAGGUUCUUUAGUUAAAUCUGGUGAAGGUCAAGACUUUAAAGAAAAACACACAUUGUUAUCAAAUGUAGAAGUUUUGCCACAGCCAAAAUCCAACUUUGAGGCAUCUAGUGAAGAUUAUGGGAAGAAAGAAGUCCUAGACUAUUCAGAGGAAAUGGACCUAAACUCAGUAGUUACUUCUGCUGAUGGUGAGGGACAUCUUAGAAUUCAAUCUUAUUCUCCCAUGGCUGAGAAAUCCAUUAUGGAAGAAGCCAAAAAUGCUGCUUGUCUUCAUAUCACUGAUGGUAAAAGACCCCAGAUGCCAGAAAUCUCCCCUCCAUCUAAAUGGAAUAUUUCUAUCCUUAAAGAAGAGCCAGGAAGUGAUCAAAAAGAAAAAUCACUCUUUUUAUUUGAUGCAAUAGAUAAGGUGCCACAACAGCCCAAAUCAGCUUCAUCUAGCUUUGCAAGUAAAAAUAUCACAGAGGAAUCAGAGGAGCUGCAGUCAAUAAUUUUGCCAGUAGAAGAAUCUAAAGACAGUUUAAUUGAUCUUGGUGAAGACAGACUAGAGAAAGAGAUGCCAAAACCUACUUCCUUGAAAAUUUCUGAAGAGGAAAUAAAACUCAGAUCUGUUAGCCCAACUGAGGAGAAAGGUAACUUGGGAAUGAGAUCAUAUUCCUUGGAAGAAAAGAAGGUGGUGGCAGAAAAACAAGAAACGGUGGCCCCAUUAGAGCUUAGAGGUAAUAAUGAAAUAGGGAAGGCACAAAUUACACACGGAUCUAGCCCUAUUAAAUUGGAAGAACCAAAAGCUGCUACUGCGCUGCAGCAAGUCUAUCAAAAUGAUGACCACAAAGAAAGAUACAAAAUUAUUGAGGAGGGUAAAGGAGAAGAAAAAGAAGAGCCGUCACAUGCAUUUUUAGAAGGAAAAGAGCAGCAGGAAAUUCAGCCUUAUUCCAUGAAUAUAGCCAGGCAUAUGCCUGAAGAGUCAGAUAUCUCUUUCAGUCAUUCUUUGGGUGAAACUCAACCAUUUUCAUUAGUUAAAACUACAGAAAUUACUGAAAAAUCAGAAACCAUGAUCUCAGAGGCUCACCCAGAAAUCAGGGAAACAAAGGCAGUAGGAACCCAACCACAUCCAUUAGAAGAACGUAAAGUUUUGGUGGAGAAAACCAGGACUUUCCUUCCAGUAGAUCUUCCUUAUCGUGAUGAAAUAAAUGAUCACUCUUUACCGAAGGAAGGAAAUCUGGUAUUGGACAAGUCAAGCAGGGAUGUGGUAAGUCACAAUGAAGAAAAGGGACAGGUCACAGCGUCAGAGCUGCCAAAAGGUGGCUCAGUAGAUACCACAAAAGAAAGUAAACAAAGAUCUCCAUCUAAAGAAUCUGAAAGGAUUUUAGAUCCAUGGUCAGAAUUGACUCCAGAGAGGCAUAUGGUCCAUACUAUUCAAACAUCUCAAGAUCAAGCAUCUGAAAUGUCUGAACAAUCUGUUCUUGUUUCAAAGCACCACUUGGAAGCUGUGGAAGACGCCCAUGUAAAUGAACCACGCUCUUCAGUGAGCAGCAACUAUGCUCAAUUUAUAACUAAUGCAACAACAAUCAGUAUUGAUGAGAUGAUUUCCAAGGAGCCUGAAGACACAUAUGUAAGAGAUGAAGAAUUUACAGUGACUAGUAAGCCAGCUGGACUUUCAGAAGAGCAAAAGAGUGCCUUCAGUAUCAUUUCUGAAGGUUGUGAGAUAUUGAACAUUCAUGCUCCUGCAUUUAUUUCUUCAGUUGAUGAGGAAGAAAGUGAACAAAUCCAAGAUAAGUUAGAAUAUUUGGAAGAGAAGGCCUCCUUUAAGCCUGUACCCUUCCAUGAUGAGAGUGAGGCAGUUGCUUGCUAUAAAACAUUACAGAGUAAGUUAGAAGAUUCUGAUAAAAAAGUUACACCAUCGAAAGAAGACCAAAAAAAGGAAACUCAUACAACCAAAGAGGAGAUAUCCACAGAUUCAGAAACUGGUGAUUUAGCCUUUAAUCAGCCUGAAAUUCCCAGUGAAGAGGAUUAUUUUGAAAAAUAUACAUUGAUUGAUUAUAACAUCUCCCCAGACCCAGAAAAACAGAGAACUCCAUGGAAAUUAAAUGUUGAAGGAGAGCUGUCAAAGGAAGUUCCAGGAGAAGCUGUCUCUCUCCCAGAACGUUCAGAGGAAAGUGCCCUAGAAUAUGAAUAUGAAUUGGUGAAAUUAGAUGAAAGUUUUUAUGGACUAGAAAAGGACUACAGCAAAUUAUCUGGCCCAGAGACCCAAAAGUCUUCGGUUAUCCAAAAAUCAGCUGACAGAGAUGCUCCAAAGAGCAUAAAUAGAGAUGUGGACUCAAAGUCACCUGGGAUGCCUUUAUUUGAUGAAGAGGAAGGAGUUUUGUCACGAACCCAGAUAUUUCCUACCACUGCUAAAGCCAUUAAUCCUGAACUUCUGGAGGAGCCACCCGCACUGGCAUUUUUAUAUAAAGAUCUGUAUGAAGAAGCAGUUGGAGAGAAAAAGGAAGAAGGGGAGACAGCUUCUGAAGGUGACAGUGUGAAUUCUGAAGCAUCAUUUCCAAGCAGAAAUUCUGACACUGAUGAUGGAACAGGAAUAUAUUUUGAGAAGUACAUACUCAAAGAUGACAUUCUCCAUGACACAUCUGUAACUGAAAAGGACCAAGGCCAAGGUCUAGAAGAAAAGCCAGUUGGUAAGGAUGAUUCAUACCAAUCAAUAAUUGAAGAAGGGGAAAUUUGGGGGAGGUUUGAAACUAUUUGCGGGGAGGAGAGUCUGGAAGAGAAACAGAAAGCAGCUUACAGGGAAGGAGAAUCAGUAGGCCACGUGGAGGCUCUUGACAGUGUAGCUAUGCAGAGGAAAGCUUCCAUCACCGAGGAAGUCAGAGUGGUUACCCAGAGGGUAAGCUAUGCGGUUCCAUUUGAAGACACUCAUCAUGUCCUGGAGAGAGUAGAUGAAAUGAGCAGCCAGACUAAUGAAGCAGCAAAUGCAAAUCCAGAGGUCAGUCUGAAUGUCCCAGUACAAGUGUCCUUCCCAGAGGAAGAAUUUGCAUCUGGUGCAACUUGUGUUCAAGAAACACUGCAAGAAGAACCUCAAAUAAUGGUUCCCCCUGAGCUGAGUGAAGACCGGCUCUGCAGUAGCCCUGUUCAGGAUGAGUAUGAAUUUGCUGAAUCCCUGAAUUACGAAGUGGUUACUCAAGACAUUUUAUCAGAAGAACUGUAUUCAGAAUCCACCCCUGAAGAUGUGUUAUCUCAUGGAAAGGAAUCCUCUGAACAUGUCAGUGAAAAUGAAUUUGUGAGUGAGGUGGAACAAAGUAAGUCUGCUGAACAGGAAGAGUUGGACAGAGAGAUGACAGAACAAGACCAGUUAUCAUCAGAGUUGGUAACCGAGAAGGAACAAAAGGAAUUGAAAAAGUCCCAGAUUGACACAUAUUGCCACACAUGUAAAAGCCCAAUUUCUGCUGUUGACAAGCUGUUUGGUACCCACAAAGACCAUGAGGUUUCAACGCUUGAUACAGCUAUAAGUGCUAUAAAGGUUCAAUUAGCAGACUUUCUAGAAGAUUUACAAGAGAAAUCCUUGAGGAUUGAAGCCUUUGUUAGUGAGAUAGAAUCCUUUUUUAAUACCAUUGAGGAAAACUGUAGUAAAAAUGAGAAAAGCCUAGAAGAACAGAAUGAGGAAAUGAUGAAAAAGGUUUUAGCGCAGUAUGAUGAGAAAGUCCAGAGCUUUGAGGAAGUGAAGAAAAAGAAGAUGGAGUUCCUACAUGACCAGAUGGUCCACUUUCUGCAGAGCAUGGACACUGCCAAGGACACCCUGGAGACCAUCGUGAGAGAAGUCGAGGAGCUUGAUGAGACCGUUUUCUUGACUUCGUUUGAGGAAAUCAAUGAAAGGUUGCUUUCUGCAAUGGAGAGCACUGCUUCUUUAGAGAAAAUGCCUGCUGCGUUUUCACUUUUUGAGCAUUAUGAUGACAGCUCGGCAAGAAGCGACCAGAUGUUAAAACAAGUGGCUGUUCCACAGCCUCCUAGAUUAGAACCUCAGGAACCAAAUUCUGCCACUAGCACAACGAUUGCAGUUUACUGGAGCGUGAACAAGGAAGAUGUCGUUGACUCAUUCCAGGUUUACUGCGUGGAAGAGCCACAAGAUGACCAGGAAGUAAAUGAUUUGGUAGAAGAAUACAGAGUGACCGUGAAAGAAAGCUACUGCGUUUUUGAAGAUUUAGAACCUGACCGAUGCUAUCAAGUAUGGGUAAUGGCUGUGAAUUUCACCGGAUGUAGCCUGCCCAGCGAAAGGGCAAUUUUUAGAACAGCGCCCUCCACCCCUGUGAUCUGUGCCGAGGACUGUACUGUGUGUUGGAACACGGCCACCAUCCGAUGGCGGCCUGCCAACCCAGAGGCCACUGAGACCUACACUUUGGAGUACUGCAGACAGCACUCUCCCGAGGGCGAGGGCCUCAGAUCUUUCUCUGGAAUUAAAGGACUCCAACUGAAAGUUAACCUCCAACCCAAUGACAAUUACUUUUUCUACGUGAAAGCCAUCAGUGCAUUUGGGACAAGUGAACAGAGUGAAGCUGCCCUCAUUUCCACCAGAGGAACGAGAUUUCUCCUGCUGAGGGAAACGGCUCAUCCCGCUCUGCAGAUUUCCUCAGAUGGAACAGAGAUCAGCUUCGCUGAGAGGAGACGGCUGACAGAAAUCCCAUCAGUGCUGGGUGAGGAGCUGCCUGCCUGUGGCCAGCACUACUGGGAAACCACUGUCACAGACUGCCCAGCGUACCGACUGGGCAUCUGCUCCAGCUCGGCGGUGCGGGCUGGCGCCCUGGGACAAGGAGAGACCGCGUGGUACAUGCACUGCUCUGAGCCGCAGAGAUACACAUUUUUCUACAGUGGCAUUGUGAGCGAUGUCCACGUGACAGAGCGUCCCGCCAGAGUGGGCAUCCUACUGGACUACACCACCCAAAGGCUCCUGUUUAUAAACUCUGAGACUGGACAGUUGCUCUUCAUCAUCAGGCACAGGUUUAAUGAGGGCGUCCACCCUGCCUUUGCUCUGGAGAAACCCGGAAAAUGCACUUUGCACCUGGGAAUAGAGCCCCCAGAUUCUGCAAGGCACAAGUGAUCGUUGGCUUUUAGAGUUUGCAAGAACAAAAUUCAAAUUUGGGGGGUCUGUUGUUCUUUCCUGUGGGUGCUAGACAGUAUUCAAAACAUCUCCUGCACAUGAGCACUAGUAAUAGCUCCAUGAACAGGGAUCAGCACGCGAGCAAAACCACCAAGAAAACUGUGACUUUCCAGAGCGUCACGUGAGUAAAAAGGAUGGAAAAAGCAAUCUCCGCCUUUUGGUUUAUAUACGUUUGAGUUCUUCCCUAAGUGAAAAGGAUUGAUAUCUGACUUGGGAAUCAAAAUAGUGAAAUGGACUCCCAUCUGUUUCACUGGUAAGAGAAAUCCUCAGAUAGACCGGUCUGAGUGAAGGGAAGGUUGUACUGGUGACACAUCUCCUCCAACAAGAAACACUGGCCUUUUCCACAAGAAAAAUGUCAUCUCACUUCACUAAAGGAUGUGGAGUCCUAAUCAGCAGAGAAAGUGUUUUAACCAUUCAAAGCUGAUAACGAACUCUUUUGUAAUCAUUAUAUACUGUAGAACACGAGUCUCUUUUCCCUGUAAUUUUAAAUGUAGAAAAGUGCUAGAUAUUAGAAAUUUCCAUUUUGUUAAAUAAAUGGUUAGAGUCUGUAAAACAAAACGUGUGAUGUGAACUUACUGCAUGUGACGUGAGUCUGGCAUCUCUGGACGGGACAAACUGUGAAUAAAAAGCCAUCACACUGCA